CUGACUUGUGGUUGUGUGGCGGGCGGCGGGAGGAGAAGGAGGAGCACCAUUACCGGCCGUGCUUGUCUUCACCGAACCGGGGACUAGUUUGACUAGUCACGGGACCUGACCGAUGCGUUUCAGUUAACGUAAAUAGCUGCUGUCUCGUUUUAAAAAAACAAAAACAAACAAAAAAGGCAAAAACGACGGCUCGUCUGUUGACAAACAUUGUUUAGGAUGGGCGAGCGCGUGGGCAAUGUGUUUCUAAUCACCGGUUCUCAGUGGCUGCUGCCUGUCAGUGAAUAUUUGGGAUUUCCUCUUGAACUGGUGAACUUUUUGGCGUGUCAGCUGUUUGCUCUGUCGUGCGCCUUCUGGUUUCGUCUCUACCUCAGCCCUCGUCGCAGCGAUCCCCGCGUGAGGCACGCCGUGGCCACUCUGCUCGGCGUCGCCUUCCUCGUCUUCUGCUUCGGAUGGUACUCCUCUCACUUCCUGGCGGUGGUGCUUGCGAACUACCUUAUCAUCAUCCAGGCUGACAUCAACAAUGUCCACAGGUAUUCCAUGGUGAUGGCGAUGGGAUACCUGACUGUGUGCCAAGUGAGCAGAGUCUUCAUCUUUAAAUAUGGAAUACUGUCCACUGACUUCUCUGGGCCACUGAUGAUAGUGAUCCAGAAGAUUACCUCACUUGCAUUCCAGCUCCAUGACGGUAUGUGUAAGAAAGGUGAAGAGCUGACCUCAGAACAGAAGGUGCUUGCAAUAAAUGUGAGACCUUCUCUCAUCGAAUACCUGAGUUACAAUCUCAACUUCCUGAGCGUGUUGGUGGGUCCGUUCAAUAACUACAAAGACUACAUGGACUUCAUCGAGGGCACACACAUUAGCUGCAGGCUCAGGCGACACUCAAGCACGUGCAAUGGCAAGAACGGCGACCAUAAAAGUCCAGACCCGUCACCUCUGAAUGCUGUGUGUCAAAAGUUGCUGGUGUGCUGCGGCUGCAUGCUCUUCUUCCUCACCAUCACACGGUCCUUGCCCAUAAAAUACAACGUCCAGCCCCACUUUGUCAGCCACACCCCCUUCAUCACGCGACUCACCUACGCUUUCUUUUCCAUUCAAGCUGCCCGACCCAAAUUCUACUUUGCCUGGACACUAGGUGAUGCCAUCAACAACGCUGCCGGUUUUGGUUUCUCCGGGAUGGAUGAAAAUGGAAAAGCUUCCUGGAACCUCCUCAGUAACCUGAACAUCGUGGGGAUUGAGACAGCAACCAGCUUCAAGACUUUCAUUGACAACUGGAACAUACAAACUGGAAAUUGGCUUAAAAUGGUGUGUUACGACCGAGCGCCGCGACACCGCUUAGCCUUGACCUUCAUCUUGUCUGCCUUGUGGCACGGCGUUUACCCAGGGUACUAUUUCACCUUCAUCACCGCCAUCCCGAUCACGCUGGCAGCACGAGCUGUACGAAAGUCGUUCCGUCAUCAUUUCCUGGGCUCCAGAGGUUUAAAGCUGGGUUACGACAUCUUGACGUGGGCGUCCACCCAGUUGGCCAUCUGCUACACUAUCAUGCCCUUUCUACUCUUGGCAGUAGAACCCACCAUGGUCUAUUACAGGUCCAUGUACUUCCACGUGCACAUCAUCAGCAUCCUGGCUGCGCUUGUCCUGCACCCCAAUGUCAAAAGCAAAGCCGCCGCCACAAAGACGCCCGCACGCGCCCCCUCCGCCCAGUGUCUGCCUGUCCUCUGUAACAACAAUGACAAAACACACUGAAGCCUCCUCCAGAUCCCCAAAAAGGCUUUCAUGCAAACAAAAAAGAAGAAAGUACAGUACGUAAUGUUUUUUUGUUUUUGUUUUUUUUAUGAUUUGAAGACAGAACAGUCUUUGAACGGACAUCAUGAGCCGGGAUUGUGUUGCCAAUACAUCUGACAGAAGGUCUUUAUUGACAACAGUGUGGACUAGACUGGAGGUUGCCUGUCUCUGGGUGCGAUUCGAGCCAGCGCAGUGGGAGUGUGAAGGCAAAUACCGCAAGUAAUACUCAGAAGCAAGACACUGGAGUACAAAUAUGCACACUGUGGCUGUGAUGGCACACAAAGGUUGUCGUUGUGUCGCUGGAGCUCCAUUACCCACAAUCACCAGACACUCCCGUUGUGUGUGUAUAAGUGUGCGUGCGUGCCUGUGUGGCGCAAACAAAACAAGUGAAACUAGCGUGAUGGUUUAAAAAAAGAAAAGGCGAAUGGUGCUCGAUGCCCAAGAUAAUAGGAUAACAGGAAACAGUACAGUAGCAUAGUCGGCCCCAGUGUUCAUUAAAAAAAAAAAAACAAGACAGGUUUUAUUCAUAAAAACUAUAUUUAAUGAUUUUAAUACCCC